UAACUGGGUGCAAAGUUGGAAGGCGGUCCAAAUUUCCACCACUUGAUUUAGAUUUACUCUAGAAAUAUAAUAACUGGGUGCUUCACAUGUUUCUGGUACACAAACAAAAACAAUUUCUACUUGCUAGCUACUCACAGAUCCUGUUAAUUCUUUCCUUUCCUAUCUACCAAAUUCCAAAGACAUAACAACCGUCCAAAAAUGAGUAUCUCGCUCACCGAUUUGAGCCACGCAGUCGCUCGCUGUGUUCGUUCCACCUCCAAUGGUUUAAUCAAUGAAAAUCAUAACCAUAACCACCCAAUUGAAAUACUAAUUAAUUAAGCUGAAAACAAUAAUAAAAAAGGACAAGUGGUCACAUGGGUACCAUUCAUGGAUUAUUGCGUCAAGUCAAACAACUUCAGCUAAUUGGCCAAAAGAUAGUAUUGAUUCGUAGUCGUUUUUGGCUGAUGGAUUGGAUUGGAUUCACCGAAAUCCUAGUCUUCGCAUUGGCUUUCUUUCUUUCUUUCUUUCUUUCCAUCUUGGUUGAUGAAUUUGGUAUUAUUUUCCUUAAGUUUUUCUGCCUCUGCCGUGACGUGAUGUCCUGACGGAAUAAACUCCACCGGCCCUUCAUUAAAUAGCCAGACAAUAUCUAUUUGGUCAUGUGCCAACAACCACCACCCAUUCCAUGUUCCAUGGCCAUCUUACACAACACAACCCAACCCAACCCAACCCAAGUCAAUCAAAAAAGUUCCAACCUCAAUAAGUUCCAAAAUAGCAUUUUGGAGAAAUAUUAAGAGAUCGUUUCGUUUUGGCAGAAAUGGAAAUGGAGGGUGAGAUUGGAAACUUCAUUAAGGUAUGGCUCUCGGUCUUCUUAUCUCUCUUCUACUGCUAUGCAUUUGGUAAGUUUGUACCAAAAGGUUUUCCAAGACUCUUGCUCAUAAUUCCAGUUGUAGCCCUCUUCCUAGACCUUCCUCUUCACCUCUCCACCAUCCAUCUCGGAGGCACCACUGCUUUCUUCAUUUCUUGGCUUGCCAACUUCAAGCUCUUGCUCUUCGCCUUUGGGAAAGGCCCUCUGUGCUCCGACCCUUCAAUCUCUCUUCCCCGUUUUGUAGCCGUCGCUUGUUUACCCAUCAAGAUCCAACAAAACCCACCUCCAAAAACACCCCAAUUCCAAACCUCAAAUCAUCAAAAUGGCCACAACUCAAACACAAAUGGGCAUGCAACAACAAAACAAAACCCAGCUCCGAAAUCCCCGUUCAACUACGCACUCAAAGGCCUGCUCUUGGCUCUGUUGAUAAAGGUAUAUGACUACAAAGAGCACCUCCAUCCAAACCUGAUAUGGGCCAUGUAUUGCUUCCACAUAUAUUUUGCCCUAGAAAUCAUCCUCCUCAUGGCUGCCGCGCUGGCUCGAGCCCUUCUGGGACUUGAGCUCGAGCCCCAAUUCAACGAGCCCUACCUCUCCUCCUCCCUCCAAGACUUCUGGGGCAGACGAUGGAACAUUAUGGUCACCAGCAUCCUGCGCCCCACCGUGUACGAACCCGUCGUCGCGCUUUCGACACGGGUGGUGGGGCGCAGGUGGGCCCCGCUCCCGGCCGUGAUGGGGACCUUCAUAGUGUCGGCGAUUAUGCACGAGCUCAUAUUCUACUACCUGGGGCGGCUGCCGCCCACGUGGGAGAUCUCGUGGUUCUUCCUCCUCCACGGGCUGUGUUUGGUGGUUGAGAUCGCCGUCAAGAAGGCGAUUGCUAAACGGAAGAAGUUUCAGGUGCCGAGGUUGGUGUCUGGGCCUUUGACCGUUGCGUUCGUGACGGGCACCGUGUUUUGGCUCUUCUUUCCUCCGCUGCUGCGGUGUAAUGCUGACGUGAGGGCUCUUGGGGAGUACGCGGCUGUUGGCGCGUUUUUCAAGAAGGUCGGUCGUGCUUUUGCAUCUAGACUUCUAGAGCCAUGAACACAACAAGAAGAAGCAACUGGUCGUAGCAGAAGACUUAGUUGUAGCUGUUGACAUUAUUUUACAGUUACAUUACAUACAAUUUUAACACUUUUUUAAAUGAACAUGCAAAAGCAUGAUAGAGAAGUAUUCAAUCAAUCGGCUGUAUUCUCAAGUUAAGUUAAUCAAAGUAGUCGUUACUUUUUAAUUUAA